UCUGUCCCGCCUACAGUCCGAAGGCCCCACCUCCUACCGAGCUGGAAGCUGGAGGCGCGGCGGGGCGGAGCGGCGGGCCCCGACCCCGCCGGGGUGGGGCGAAUCCCAUCCCGGCCCGUUGCCCCGGGCUAGGGCAGAGGUCCAGGCCAACCGGCCUUGUCGCGGCCGUGCUGCACUUCUGCGCCCUGAGGCCCGCGCUGGAAGCGGGCCUAGUGUUCUGGCCUUGGCCCUCCUCGAGGCAGGUCCCGGGGCUCGCACGCGUCGCGUCCCCUCCGCGCCCGCCGCCUGGAGUCGCUGGCCUUGGUCGCAGCCGGGUGGGAUAUAUCUGCACCUUGAAGAUAAAGCAGAAAUCUUCAUUGAAAUAGAUGGGUUUUUGUCACUUUCUGUGAACUAAAGCGAUUCAAUGUCUCUUUUGGACUGUUUCUGUGCUUCACGAACGCGAGUUGAAUCACUCAGACCCGAAAAACAGUCUGAAACCAGUGUCCAUCAGUACCUGGUUGAUGAGCCAGCCAUUUCCUGGUCACCUCCAUCUGCCAGAGCCAAGGAAGUGACGUGUUCCACUAAUGUUUCUCACUAUGAACUGCAAGUGGAAAUAGGAAGAGGGUUUGACAACCUGACCUCUGUCCACCUUGCACGGCACACUCCUACAGGAACACUGGUAACUAUCAAAAUUACAAACCUGGAAAACUGCACUGAAGAGCGUCUGAAAGCUUUACAGAGAGCAGUGGUCCUGUCUCACUUUUUCCAGCAUCCCAAUAUCACAACCUACCGGGCGGUUUUCACGGUCGGCAGCUGGCUUUGGGUCAUUUCUCCAUUUAUGGCCUGUGGCUCUGCAAGUCAGCUCCUGAGGACCUACUUUCCUGAUGGGAUGAGUGAGACUUUAAUAAGGAACCUUCUCUUUGGAGCAGUACGAGGGUUGAGCUACCUGCACCAGAAUGGCUGCAUCCACAGGAGUUUUAAAGCCAGCCAUAUCCUCAUUUCUGGUGAUGGCCUGGUGACCCUCUCUGGCCUGUCCCAUCUGCAUAGUUUGGUUAAGCACGGACAGAGGCAUAGGGCUGUGUUUGAUUUCCCACAGUUCAGCACAUCAGUGCAGCCGUGGCUGAGUCCAGAACUACUGAGACAGGAUUUACAUGGAUAUAAUGUGAAGUCAGAUAUUUACAGUGUUGGGAUCACAGCAUGUGAAUUAGCCAGUGGUCAGGUCCCUUUCCAGGACAUGCACAGGACUCAGAUGCUACUACAGAAACUGAAAGGUCCUCCAUAUAGCCCACUGGAUGUCAGUAUUUUUCCACAGUCAGACUCUAGAAUGAGAAAUUCUCAGUCAGGAGUAGACUCCGGGAUUGGAGAGAGUGUGCUUGUCUCAACUGGAACCCACACAGUCAAUAGUGACCGGCUCCACACACCCUCCACAAAAACGUUCUCUCCUGCCUUCUUAAGCCUGGUGCAGCUGUGUUUGCAGCAAGAUCCUGAGAAAAGGCCAUCAGCAAGCAGUUUAUUAUCCCAUGUAUUCUUCAAGCAGAUGAAAGAAGAAAGCCAGGAUUCCAUCCUGUCCCUGUUGCCACCUGCUUAUAACAGGCCGUCGCUGGCACUGCCACCAGCGUCACCGUGGAGUGAGCUGGAGUGCGAGUUUCCUGAUGACCAAGACCCAGACUGGGAGUUCUAGGGUUGCCAAAUCGGUUCCUGUCCUCUGUACUUGACAGCUUCUCCUUGCUGCCUUUCUUCUGUAUGGUUAGGUACAAAUGCCGGUCUAGACUUGAAAAUACAGUUGGUGCACUGGAGACUUGAUCAGUUCAAACCACUCUGCUCAUGGGGCGUGGAUUCAUCCCCUCUGCUCAGCUCAGAGUCCCUUCCCGACUUCAACAUCAGAAUUAGAAUCCAGCCACAGUUAGUGUCAUCUGGUUUUUAUCUGGUUGUUUGUUUUCCUUUUCUCUCUCUAAGCUGUGACUGGUACUUUCUGGAUCUCAGUGUAAUUUUUGAGCCAACUAGUUUUCUUCUACAUCUUGCUGUCCUCGGGGAAUGAGCCCUUCCUCCGAGGACAGUGCUUCCAAGAACAUCUUUUCUUCCAGAGUUUCCAGCCUUUUUGAUCAGCUAAUGUUCGAUGAACAGACUGAUUUAUUCUGGUACAAAGUCCCUUUUUUGGAGAAGGGAAAGUGUUUGUACUAUCCCUUUUACAUAUGGUAACAUCAAACUGAGCCUUGCUCACCUUAAAUAAUUCACUUGAAAUAUAAAGAGAAGAUGCAAUUUGCAUUUUAAAAGGGAGGGGCUAAAGUAACACUUUUCUACCUGUGUAAGUUAUAAAUCCUUAAUUCAUGCACCCUGUGGGAGCUCAAUAAAGAUUUAUUAAAUUGAACAACA